AUGGAGGCGCAUGCAAGGCCAGGCGAUGGUCCCUUCCUAAUCGCGCCCAGCGGAGGGCGCUGCCUGCAAGCGGCAUUUCUCGUGCGGCGGCGGCGGCAGCAGCGUCGGGGACGAGCGGAGGCUUCCCAGAAGCAGCCGCUUCUCCUCCUCCGCCUCCUUCUCUCCUUUUCUUUGGCGUCCCGCUUCGGUGCGGCGAGCGCGCAGCCGAGAAUGGAGCCGCUGCUGCUGCUGCCGCCGCCGCCCCCUGGAGCCCCGCCGCUCUCCGCGGAGCCCCUGCGCGCCGCUUGGGCAUCGCCCCGCGCGCGGUGA